GCGGAAUGGCCACGUGAUGUCAUUACGCUGACGUCACAAGAACUGGAGGAACAAUGGGGCGCUGCGGAAGUUCAGCGUUCUGCCGUGGCUAGCAACCGCUUUCAACAGUUCAGCAAACCUGGAGAAGAUACCACAUUGCAACAGGAUGUCCAAGAAGGGACUCUACAUCCAGCCUGUAGUCAAGAAUCACUCAAAAAUCAGGAGAAUAUUUUAAGACCAAUUCACCCUCCAUUGAUUAUAAACAUUAACCACGAAGAGGAUGAGGAGGACGAUGAAGAGGAAGAGAAUUAUGUUUCUUAUUUGUCGGCUAAGACUGCCACAGACAUUGAGGAGGAAAGAGCAAUAAAGGAAAUGUGCUAUAAAUCUGGAGAGUAUUACAGGAUUCAGUCUCUUCAGGAGCACCAAUCAACAAAAAUUGUGUCUUCAGUUCUGGAAGAUGAACUACUACCCUUAGGAGCUGUCAAGAGAGAUUUACAGAAAGGUGACGGUAAUACAAUUCCUACAACAUUUAAUAAUUCAAAAAGACAAGGAGCGACUUCAGUAUCGUUAGAGGAUAAUACCAGAACUCAUCUUAGAACAUUUGAAAAUGGAGGAGGUGAUUGUUUUGCGGCACUGAGAAACGUAUUUGUUGAAGGAAAGGGAAGUGAGGCAUUAACUGGGGGAAGAGAACCAAUUAUAUCAAAAUAUUCAAAUGUGAAAGCAACAAACCUCACUGAACUGGUAAAAAACCAUCAUUUUAAAGGAGUAAAGAAAAAGAUAUGGAUUUCUGAGGAUACAAGAAACUCACCUAACACAGUAACAGGCAAAGCAGUGCACACUUCAAACCCCCAAAUUAAAGCAAAUUAUCAAAGUAAUGAGCAAAGUAAGGAUGAGAAUGCUUCUUAUAUUUCUUCUGUGAGAGCAACUGGAAGAAGGACUUUCUUGAAUUCUUCAGAAUCUGGAAGAUCAGCGUAUGUGUUCUACCGUAAUGUCGCAGUCAGCCAAGAACCAAAGCUUAGUGGAUCUGUGGACAGAAAUACUUCAGGACCUUAUAAUGCACCAACUUGGAGGAAAAGAAACCCACGUGCAAAAACAUUCUUUAAGCUGAAGACAACCAUUCAGAAUAUAACCAGUUUUGGAGGAGAGCCCUUUAAGACUUCCAGACUUCCUCCUGGAACAGUGUGAUUCAGCAGCUUUCCCAGAGGCAUCUGUAGCUUUCCAGCUUGUUCAGAGAUGACAUUACAGCACCUGCUGCCUGAAUCACUGCUGACAACUACAAAGGUCCAGUGGAGGGUGAGGGAAUGAAGGACUUACUUACUCGUACAACUUCAGCAGACCCUCUGAGGGGAUGCUUCAGUGACAUGUUCCCAACCCUCACGGAUGAGGAAGAUGGGAGAAUAAUACUGUCAGAGUCUUUGCCUCUGCAAUUUUUCUGGCCCUUGUUGACCAGAGGUUGUGUAUCUAGGGGAUGAGCUCAGACUUGUGGGGUAACAUCAUAUGCGGGACAGCAAUGGGUGUAGGAGAACCUUUGGGUGUGGAGGGGCACAGUGGCAGUCCUCCGCAAGGAGCUAGUGCUCUGGCUUUGUCAUUGCUCAACAGCUUUUCAGGAAUUAGUGUUCAAGAUAGCGGCUAUCACCCUGUGGAGCUUUAUUAUGCCGGACUGACUGCUCAGCAACUGACCACCUUGAGGUAAAUAAGUGCACUACAGCAAAAGGUAUCAUCAGGGUCUCUAUAGCCAUUCUCCAAGCCUCUCCAAUCUAUUCUUGCAGAUAGUGUGAAUGGGAAACAUAGAUUAGGGCUGCCUAAACUGCAUGGGUUCUGCUGAUUUGAUCCACUCCCAGUAGAGCAUCUAGUCCAUAGUGGGUAGCAGGCCUAAACCAUGAGAUCUACCACUAGGUUGUCCUUUGGACUUUGGUGGACUAUUGGGACAGAUUCACUCAUGUCUUAGGAGGCUUCUUGGGAAGGACGCACAAUGCCUGCACCCUUUAGUUCAUCUUGGAUGCUUGUCUGGUGUAUGCUAACUCUUCUCCCUUAUGAGAAGGAGUAUGCUAAAUGAGCAACUGGUGUGCUGGUGUGAGUUUAAGCUUUACUUUUGAAAUCCUGAGAAACUUGAAUUGGGGGGCUUUAGGGUUCCUGACUUCCUGCUUUGGAGAUGAGACUAUAGUCCUGUUGGAGCCAAAAGCUCACAGGGCUGUGGAAAUUCUGAGUUUCAAACCCUUGGCUGUCCCUCGAGUGGGUUUGCCCUUUGUGAUGUGCCACCAGAGAGGUGUCCAGGAUUCUUUCAGGCUCGGGGGUUAGUUGUACUGAACUCGAGAGAUCAUCAUUUGUCCAGUGUAAGAAUUUAUUAGAGCUAGGAGGUUAUAACAAAGCUAACAGUAUAGCAAAGCUAGAUAUAUAACAGAACUGAAAAUAUAUAUACAUAUCAGAGCUCUACAGUUCAAUCACAGAUGAACGGUACAGUGACUGCUCUCGCCCUUUCCUUGAAGGCCACUCAUGCAAUAUAGUUUUCUCUGGAUUCUCUAGCAAUGUGAGAGCAGUACAACAACUGCUCUUGCCCCUUAUGGGCCACCCCUCCAGACUAAUUGUCCCCUGUUUCUCCUCACCAUGCUGUUGACAUCAGGGGCAUCCCUGAUGACGGGUGAGUCCUCAGGUCCGCAGGCCAGGUAACCGUGGGUCCGAGUCUGCACACAAGCGUAGUUUGUUUACUGCCGUAAACAAACAAAACCGUAGUAGUGGUUUACUGCCUUUUAUACCUAGUCAGAACAAUGCCAGCCCAUAGUUACAAUAGAAAGCUGUACGGCUCCAGUCAGUAUCAGCACCAUGCACAUGGGCAGGUGACCCAGUGCUCAGCCCAUGGCACUGCUCAGUGAGUAACAACGUGCCCACUAGCGGGUCGUUCUGUGGGGAAUGGCUCCACAGGGCCAAGAUGUCUAUGGUGUGGGUCUACGGUGUCACUUCUCCUCUAUCUGGAUCUAUUAAUCAUGGGGUCGUUAGAGGGUGUGCCUCCAGGCUACAGCAACCCCACAGUGUGGUGGCACCAGUAGUGAUGCACCCCAGGUUUGUCAACUGUUGGGGAGCACCCCAGAGAAAACCCCUCUUCUACGGACUGCACCAUCCGGAGCCCCAUGCUUGCCUGUGUGGUGUAUGUCAUCCUUGAGUUUUGAACCUAAAUGAUCUCUUGCCCUAUGUCUAAGGGCAUCUAUGAUGCAGAUCUACCACAUUAACUUGGGUUUCCAGAUAGCCUACUUGGAGAAAAUUGGGCAGGCUUCUAAUGGGAGAAAAGUCCCUGACAGGCAGCAACCUUGGCUGGAAUUCCUUGAAAAUUUGUUGAUACGUUCCUACAAAACACUUUUGGUUUGACAAAUUAACAUUUUCUAGUGGAACCCGAGCUGUUAGAAAAUUCCCAGCUAUCCCUAAGUACAGUUUACUUUUAGUGAAUGUAUUAUUCAUGGCCCCCUAAAUAGUAUCUCUCAAAGUUGAACAGUCCCUGUCAUUUCGUUCUGCACAUAAUCGAUGUUUUCCCAAGCCGCGCCUCAUUUUUGUUGUCUGUCUAAACCUUUUUGAUGAAGUGAUCAGUACAGAACAGUGGUUUGGAGAAAGCUCUCUCAUUGAUUUAUAUGAUAGUGUUCCCUUUCAGUAUCGUUUUCCACAUUGCUCCGUUUGCAUCCUAGCAUUCUGUUUGCUGUUUUGAUCGAUGCCAUGUAUUGAGCAGAGACUGUUAUUGAGUUGUUCAGAGAAGUAUCCAAGUCCUUUUUUUCCCCUCUGUGGUUGCAGGUAAUUUAGAGCCCUGUAAGGUGCAUUAGUAGGUCAGAUUAUUCUUUCCAGCAUCUAUCAUUAUCUUUUUUCUAAACCCUGUAAGGAAGGCAGGCAGUAGUAGUGCAAUCAGGCUUCCUCUGAAGGAGCACAGCUGGAAAUUUGAUCUGGGACUCUGUGAGCACACUACAACAGCAGUUGCCCGGGAGAGGUGCUGAGGGUAAUGUCUUCCCCGCAGAGACCUGUCCUGUUCUUCAUCAGGGUGACGCCACUUUGCUCUCACAAUUACACAGUCCAGCUGCAAGUUACCAGGGAAGUAAAAAGUGAUGAGAAGGUGACACAUCCUUUGUUUCUCAAAGCAUCAUGCCUCAGAAGCCUGGCUUCUCCUGCAGGUUGUAUGUUAUAUGAGGAAGUUAUUUCCUAGCAUUGUCCUAAAAAUUAUUGGGUACAUAACUGACCAGCACUGUAGCUUAGGAAGAACCCUAGCAAGAUAACUUCCAUCAUUAAAAUUGCUAGUUCCAGUCUGUAAAACUGUCAGUGGCCUUUGUUUAAAGUUUCCUUUUCUAAGGGGCCUAAAAGCUUCCUGAGAAACUAACCAGUCAGUUGCUGUGGAAAUGCUAAGUGUUUGGGGCUUUUCUUAUUUUUUGUUUUGUGCUUUUAAUUGGCUUUUCUACCAACUUUGUACAAAAUGUGCUGCAGGGUGAGCACACUAAAUGAACAACGCAGGCGCUGUCCUACAGACAAAUUGAAAGAGCAGAUAACCCACAUCAAAAAACAAAACCAAAAACUAUAUAUUAACAUGGAAAAAUAAUUAAAAAGCUUUUUGUCACACACACACACGAAGAAGAGUUAAUAGAAGUGUGGCCGGCACUGAAAAACAUUUAAAUCUAGAAAUUUAAUCUAGUUUUCAUAGAGGAAGAUUUUCUACUUCCAGUAGGCAACUGCUCAACAAUCAGUUUAGCCUCUCGGGCUUUUGCAGCAUAACAGUUUGCUGCUUGUAGAACAAAUACCAUGGAUUAAACUAGAUUCAUUUUUCUGGCAGAUUAAGCAGCUGUCUUCUGUCAGGUUCCCCACUCAAUCCUUCUUGCCAGUGCUUGCUCAUAAAAGAAAUUUGUCAGCUACUAAAGCAUUAGUGGGACUGAUUCUUUACAUACAUUUAUAGCUCAAUACCAACAAAAAUCAUAUAUCCAAUUUACCUAUCAGGUACUUCUUGCAGAAGUACUGUCUAGGAGAGAGUCUGUUCAUCAUAUUUUUUUGUAGAAUGACCCAUACUAAAGCACAGAGAAAAAUUGGCUUUAUGUCUUGAAAGUGAUUAAAAGCAAGUGUCAGAAGAAAGUCUGCCUUCUGUGGGAAGGGUAUUACACAUCCUACUGAAUUCUGCUGCAAAGUGAUAUAAAUUUGGUGGCGCCAUGUUUUCUCCCUGAAUAAUGUUAAUGGCCAAUCCACUAAGAAAAAAAAGAAGAAGAAGCAGCCAGACUUAUGAGCUGCUAACAAUACAAACUCAACCAGGUCUCCAAAAAUAAUUUCAAGUUUUUGUUUCUUAUUUUUUCUUUCCUGAGGAAUGAUCAGUACUGAAAAUGAGGAGUCUAAGUUCUCUGCAACUCCUGCACAGAACCCACCCUUCUGAUUUAUUUAUUAGCAGUACCUUCACAUUUGCCUGCAGUCAGAAAUGCUGAGGUAUAACUGAGCAGAAUUUAGAAAACAGCCUUGUUAAUGAAGCAUUAGAAGUAGCAGAAUCCUGUUCAACCUCUCUAAUUGGGGGGAGGGAGUGCAUAAACACUGCUAAAAUGUUCUUCUUUUGUAGUUGAAUGGAAUUUAAAUGCAGAAGUAUGAGUGGUUGUGUAAAUGGUACUUUCUGUGUAGUACCAUAGUUCUGUUGUCGUUGGAUGAGACAGUGUCGUUCUGCUCCUGUGUUUCUCCCCUCUCACGUGCCCUCAGGGUUUUCAUUUAAAAAAAAAAACAAAAAAACAAAAAAACAAAAAAAACCCCCCAUAGAACUGCUAAACCAUUCCAGGGGCAUCAGGGAGGACUGUUGUCUUGGUCCAGAUCUUAAGAGGAGAGAUUUCUCUGGAAUGUAAGCUGUAUAUUACACACAGAAAACUCUGGCUAGCAUAAACGGCUGCAGUAGUUCAGUCACUUCAUUACACUCAGAAGCAUGAUCUAGGAGGUGAGUGUGGAGGUACUGUGCAGCAUUGCUUACUACCUACUAGUAGGAAGUAAGCUCUCCACAAACUGCAGGGGACAAGAGGUAGUGAAGGAUUAGCCUUGUUUCUGGAACAAAAAACAAGGUAACCAUGUUAAUCUAAGUGUAACCACGAUAACCAAAGCAUUAAGUGUGGGCCAAGCAGAGACAGAGCAUGAAUUGCAGAAGCUACUUGGGAGAGGUUGGAGAUGAAAUAGCUUAGGAAGACUUGUCUUGGGGUAACAGUCCACUAGGUAACUUAGAUGAUGUGCUGCUUGACCCCUUGGCAACUUCUGCUUUAUACAGCCCCCAGGCAUGAGUAGGUGCUCAGGCUGCCCAGUACAUGUAGUGAAAACGUGCCAGGGAAAAUUCUCAGAAGCAGCUGAAUGGCAAGCUGGGCAGAAAUGCAAUGUGAGAAAAAGAGCAGACUUUGUGCCCACUACAGAAGCUGGCAGUACCUCUUUUUGUUUAGCCUUGUGAACUGUGAAUUAUCUUUUGUAUUUUGCUUUCUGUGUGUAAAGAAAAUAGAAGGGGAAGAAUGGAGAAUGGGAGCAUCCUUCCCUCUGCAUCCUUAUUGCAUAGUAGAUUUCAAGUGCUUGCUUAUUUUAAUGGAGACCUCUGUGGUCAUCAGCUCCAAUGUGCUACUUGACGACCCUAAUUGUGUCACCUGUUUGCAUCCAAGGAUUUUUAUUAACCCAUGCAGAUUAUGUUCCUACUGCUCUUAUUAGAAGACUAUUCAAGACUUGCUACUCUGAUGGUUAUAGAGAAUUAUGAAGCUAGAAGUGUUUGGUCAAAGAGGAAGGGAAGAAAAGCUGGAAAGUAAGAGGAGAGGCAAGUCUAAAAUAAGACAGGGGAACAGAUAAGUGAAAAUGUGUGUGUGAUACAAGUGUGCCAGACAAGUAGGAAUAGGUGAGGGAAUUGUAGUAGAUGAAGAUAGGGGGGAGGAGGAGAAAAAAAGACUGAGACGCUGUCUUGAUGCAAAUAGGCAUUAUUUUAUGGGUACUCAGUUUGGACCAGAUGGUUACAAUGAGAGCUACUAGCGCGUAAGUGCAUUUUAUAUGCCAGCAAGCUAAAAGCGAAAGAAAACAAAUAGGAAGAACAAUUCAAGUUUUUAAUGAGCUUUUUCUGGAAUUGUGUCUUGAGAUUGAGGACUUCCGUGCAUUCUUUUAUGUCUGAUAGUGGCCAAGUAGCUAUUGUGACUUGGGAAGAAGGGGUAGAAUUAGGCAAAACAAGUUUUAUCCUUUUUUUUUUUUUUCUCCUGUAGUUAGCAGCCUAUUUUUCAUAGGAUUUAUAGAAGUUUGAUAUUUUGUUCUACACAGAAGCAAAUAUCCAAAACUAUGAAGCUUAUGUGGUCAGUUCUUUUGGAAACUGGUUUCUUUAUGAAAGGAGAAGAUUAUAAGCUAGAACGAAUUUUAGAGAGUAGCUGCAAAAUAAAACAGAAGGUAACCGUUCAUUUAUACUUCUGGCUCUUUGAGUUAAAAUAUAUCUUGCUAUUAUAAUCACUCCACUAGAGUUGCUAAGUAGUGAUCAAUGUCUUAUUCCUACCCAUUAUCCUCUGCCCCGAUACUCUCAAUUGAAGUAGAGAGAAAAGUGUUGUUAUAUUUUACUCAACCUUCCAUAAAUAUCAGCUGCCACCAAUUGUGUCAGUAACUAACAAAUUAUUUUAUUUUCGCCAAGAGAAAACAAUUUGAAAGCAGUCAAGAUGUUUCUUUUCUGGCCAAUCUUCCCUGACUAUGCUUGAUCCUCUCCUAUGAGACUAUGCUACUUUAUGAGGUUAAACUCUCAGGUCUUGCAAGGAUCUGCCUCUUGAGGUCUCACAGGCAAUCUUUGUAAUUAUGUUACUUCGUGUCCAACCUUAAUCUAGGAAUAAAUCGCUCAUGAGCUGACUGCCAUUACACUAUCUCAGCUUCAGAGUUUAAGAAGAUUAAGACUUGGAUUUUCAUUGCAUGAUAUCCACUGUGGGCAAAAGAUACACUAGAAAUGGAAUUUUCAGCCCCAGGGAAUUAUAAGGAAAGAAAAAAACCUGGAAUGUUGUAUUUGGGCCUUUGUGAAGUACAAGUGGAGAUAAAAUACAAAUGCAAGUCUUCUCCAGCGUGAGGAAAAUGAAAACUAGUUAGUGAAGAGGUAAUCAACACAACACAGUUUAUUUGAUGCUGUACAGAGAGAUACAGUGUAUGAUUUUAUUCAUAUUAUACCAUGUAUAAUCUACAUAUUUCUGCAGCACAAGGAGUAACUCCACAACAGCAUUUUUCACCAAGAAAGAGUAGCUGGGAGGUGGCUCCACCAGGAACUCUGCUGGCAGAUGUUGCCCAUUAAAUGCCCUGAUGCAGUGAACCUCUUAGUCGUUGGUGUCGAAUAUGUUCUAAGCUGGGCCCCUGUCUGUGGUGUUCCUAAAGAAGGAGAGUUAGACCUGCCCUGUACUACUGCUGAAACUAUGCCCAAGGUUGAUUUUUGUCACCCAACCGCUGUCGUCUAGAUCAUUCUCUCCCCAACCCCCCCCUUUUUUUCCUUCUUCUUGAGAAAUUCCCAAACUGAAUCUAGGCUACAUACUACAAUGAAUUGCUUUCACUUCUGAACUAAACAGGGUGGACUAAGGCAUAUAAGCUGUAAAUAAUUGUGAUGGUCUGUUUAUUAACACCUUUCAACUUUUGGAGAAAAGAAUGUAGAUAAAUUCCAAGCAUGAAGUACAAAUUCUAAACUUCUUAUGUACAAUGGAAUGUGGAAGAGAGGGACUGUUUUUGCUUUUUCCUCUUCCAAGCAAAGAAGUAACACAUAAUUACAUACCUUUGUAAUGCGUUAUGCCUUGACAAUAAAGAGAUUUUGGCAACGGAAGAGAGUAAAGUGACAAAUAGACUCAAUUUUGAAGUUAGAAUAAAUCCCCAGAUUUCUAUAACUCUGUACCUCACAACAGGAUCAUACUCAUGUUAUCAGCCCCUUUCUUUUUCCCCAGCUAUUUUAUUCUCCUUUUGGAGACUAUGGUAGUGAUUGGAGUUGUUCAGAGGUCAGGAGAGAUAAACUACAUAAUUUCUGAGAGAUUUUUUACUGCAUGCUGAGUAAGUCUGAUGUGUCAGGUUUGUUAAGCAUGUACAGAUCGAAGGUAAAGUUAACACUGAACUUAACACCAUGUGUGAUCUAUCUGAGGAAUGCUUGCCUUUUCAGGAGCCUGAUAGCUCAUGCUGUUGGAUGUCUGGAAAAAAAAUGCAAGUAUCAUGAAAAAAUAAGGAAAGUCAUAUCCUUGGGUUUUGUUUUGCUUGAGAUGACACAUAGGAUUUCAAUGUCUUAUAUGGGAGACUUGGUGAUAGCGCCUUUGAUCGAAUAACGUUGGGAAAGAGAGGAGAGAGAGAAAAUCAGAGAGAAGGAGGCCUUUCAAGGUAGGUAAUCUGGGCCCAUAGCUCAAACUUUACCAUGGAACUACUCUUCUUACAAGCCCACAUUUCCUAAACAUAAAAAAGAAUGUGAGGAGAGAGUGUGAGACAAACUCCUUUAUUAGAAACAAAAAGCGUGAUAUUUCUUUACACUUUUAUCAAAGGCUAUAGGUAGUAAUGUAAUGAAAAAGAAUUACCAGUCCUUUAGAUGGGGAUAAGGCGAUAUAUCAACAAGACCCUGACUCAGUUUCUCUUUGACAAGGCUCCUCCAAUUAUUUUUUUUUCUCCUUUUAUUGGCAAAUACUGCUUCCCAGUUAGACUCAUGGUAGCAUAAUCUUUCUCUCAAUAGUUGUAGUUAAAUAUCUUUGUCCUGAGAGGGGACCUUCAAGAAAUCCUUUUGAAAAGUCUCUCUCUUGCCCACCGUCAGCCCUCACGGGCAAAUUGCUGUGACUGUUGUCCCGAUCCAAUAUCGGGGGGGUUUCGUUACGAUCCCAAGGACGAGAUUAAGAUGCUAAAACCAGUCAAAUAUCGUACAACCUUUUAACUUUAUUUUCCACGGAGUGGGGAGAAAAGGUGGGGAAAGGCAAAGGGGAGGAGAGAGAGAAAAAGAGAGAGAGAGAGAGAGAGAGAGAGAGAGAGAAAGGGAUAUCACCACCCAUGGAUCCAGUGGCGUCCUGUUGGUCUUCUUCACCCUGGGUGUAAAUUUUAGUGAAGCGCGUGCAGUAAUUACAACUCGAGCAGGGUCUGACCCUAGGUUCCCACUGAAAAGUUCGGAGCCAAAUCAAGGCAAAUUAAAUAAAUAAAUUGUAAUGACACACGUGCAGUAGUUACAGCUCAAGUUGGGUGCCUCCGAAGAGGGACCCCGAACAAAGAAAUCCCUGGGCAAUUAUACUUUCCAAUCUUAAGCUCUCGGCCCUUCACGCAGUAGUUUGGACCAAUAGUAAUAUUUAGGUCUGGGGUCUCCUGCUCCUUAUUGGGUCCCUAGGUAGGCUGUUUACUGUUGCAGUUUCUGCUGACAGAUGUGUCUUCAUUCUUCGGGUCCUGCCCUUAUCUCUCAAGGCCCUGACAAAUUAUUACUUCCCCAGCAGUGACGAUAGGUGUUAUUUCCCAAGGUCCAGACAAACGGAAUAUGAUCUGGACCCCGAGAUAGCCCAGACCCCCCAAUCAGCAGUGUUUCCGCAGCGAGAGGAGGCCCUGCUCCCCAGGGUCCCGGCACCCAAGCAGGCCUCACUUCAAAGCCUUGACAUCCUCCCUCCCGGAGCGUGAAGCAUGGGAAUGCAAACUGCUGGUAACUCCCUUGUCUCUCCUGCCUGCACCAGCUCUGGGGCCCUUUCUCACUGAACUAGGGAGCGCGGCCUAAGGCUUCAGCAAAUUUAGCUACUCAUGCUAAGUAAGUUUUAUAGAAGUUGUGCUAAGCAGCAGUAAUUUACAGUCCAGGUCCCAAAGUCUCUGCCUGAUCGUGGUCUGGUUCAGCGCAGGCUCGGUGUGUCCUGAAUGGUCGCAGGGAGACCAUUUCGGGGGUCGCAGCAGCUCAGUCCUGUUCCCGCCGGGAACAGAUGUCUUGUUUGGGGUUAUGGUUUGCUUGCACCUUAUGUACCAAGAAAUGUUUAAGGCAAAAGUUCACUCAUCUGUCCGCCACAGACUGUUGACUGAUUGAUAAGUGCUUUUUCAGUGGCAAUCAGGCCCUUAUUUACAAUGACGAGAUAAAAAUUUGUAUAACUUCUCCUAAAGCCGGUAAAGAGGAUAAUGAAAAUAUAAAAAUGCCAAUGUGUGAGUGUGCAUAAUAGAAUAGGGGAGUUUGCAAAGUUCUUAAGCUCAAUCUUAAAAGGAAUAUACUUCAUAAAUUUAAGAGUGGAAAUAAUGCAAGUUGUUUAUAAUAUCUCCUAGUUGCUGCAUCUAGUGCUACAGAAGUGUCUGUUUUGAGGCUUACAAUAGAACUGGAUUUUGGGUCCCUUCUACUCUUUAGAAACAGAUCCUCUCAUUCCUACUGUUUAUUUGUGUUAUAUUCCUUCUAAACAGAAUAUGUAACAUGCACAAGUGGUAGUGAAUGGUAUUUGGAUAUAUUCCAGUUGUAUCAACAGAAAAAAAAAGUGUAUUCAAAUUCCCCAAAUAACUUUUUUUCUCAGACGGAAAUAAAUUUUUUAAAAAGAAAAGAUGCUUAGUAUGAAUAGUCUUUUUAAUAUCAAAAGAUACAAACUUAUAACUAAAUGGGCUUUAAUAAAGGGUGAAGGUGAAUACUGAAUAUAGUAUUGCCAGUGAGGAUAGAUUCAUUAGUGGAUCAACUAUUAGUUUCUGAGGGAUUAACAGCUGUUAAAGAUGAGCUGAACAGAUCCUUACUUAAAUAUGAAUAAGGAUGCUGAGAAUGAUGCAGAAUUUAUGUUGCUAGAUAGCAAUGAUAUACAUGAAGUGGAGAAGGUAUUUUUUCAGAAAGGCAGAUGUGUGACAGAUUUGUUUCCCCCAUAUGUUCUUCACAACUCCCUUUUCUCUCUUUACCUUUAAAACAGCUGUAGUCUGCCAGCAAACACUUCUAUUUGUAACCAUGUUAAAAUUUUAGUUUUAACUGUGUUAACCAUUUUAGAUGUUAAUAAUAUCUGUUGCCUAUGAAACACAGUAAGUGUUUUUAGUGGAGUCUGCUCUUUCAUAUUAAGAUAGGAUAUCCCUGUUCUAAAAAACCUUUCACCGAUAACCACAUAGUUUCAGGUGCUUUUUCAGUUCUCUGGUUUUAGCCUAGCUAACAUCAUGGACAUCUGCAUUUGUGUUUGGAUGCCAAGAGAUACUAGAACUUUUAAUGGAAUUAACUGUGUCCAUGUUAUUGACAAACACAGUGUAGAAAAUGAAGAGAAGAGGAGAUUUAAGAUGUGCCAGCUUGGUAAGAUGCUGGAAAUGCGUGAAUGUGACUUCAAGCACAGUCUAUAAACAUAAAGAAGUUGGGAUUUUUUUAAUGAUUAACUUUUAUUAAAUAUAAAUCAGCAAUGUCCUGGUUAAAAAAAAUUGCUAACACACGCAAAUAGAAAAACAUUUAAUUAAACUGUGUUGACUUUUAUGCUGGUUAUUAUACUGGCACAGUUUUUGUAGAAUGAAAUAGAGGGAUGCUAGAUUUGUCACUAGCAUCUCCCUCAAGGAAUCCUUCACUCUCAGUAACUCAUUCUUGUCUUAAUUCUUCAGCAUCCAUUUGCCCUCUUGGUGCAGAUCAAUGUAAAUUAUAGACUCCUGCUCUUGCAGCCUCUCAAGUAUUUUUUUUCAAAGCUGUAUUAUAUAAGAACUAAAUAUAUGCAUCUCUCUAUCCUAUCUCACUGCUGAAAGAAAGUUAGAAGGAUGCUAUAGAAACUUGGAGCCAACAUGAGAAGAAAAAAAAAUACACUCGAGUGUUGGCCUUUUGCUGAAAAUAGGUUUCUGAGAUCAAAAAACUAUCUGUAUCACUAUUUAAAAAUAUAUAUUUUCAUAGGGCUUGCAGAACAAGAUUUUCAGAAGCUGUCAUUUGCCUGUUUGCUGAAGUAAUGUGUUAGCUGCCUCUAAGAAUACAUAUUAAUUCUGCUGAUUCGUAUGUUCAAAGUGCUGUGAACACUGAAUACAGGUUCUGGAGACACAAGGCCAGCUUUAAUUUAGCCUCAGAUAGUUUGGUGUUUGUAUCUGUGUGUGGAAAAAGGAAAUUAUCUGAAAUUACUCAUCUUUUUUGGUUGCUGCUACUGUCACGUGAAAUAAUCUGGGUGUAGGCACACUGUACAAGUUAGUGGGCCUGAGACUGCUCUAGAUACUUUCAAACAGUUUUAACUGCUGGCAGUGUAUUUCUGUGUUUAGUUUUCCAAAAAGGAAUGGGAGAGAAAUAAAAAGAAAUGUUAGUGCCUCUGAUUACAGCUUUUCCCUGUACUGAUAUCCGUAUCCUUUUGAAAUUAGGUACCUGAAUCAGAAAUAGAUGCAAUAAGAGGUAGACAGAUAAUAUAUUCAGACACCAAAGCAAAAGUAGACCUUAGCCUUUUUCAAACAUGUAUCAUAAAAGCUAAGUGUGAAUUUUAGUGGGAUUCCAGUAUAAUUUCCACUCUGUGUCUAAAGCAGGAAAAAAAAAAACAUACGGAAAAAAUGUAGGUAAACAUGGAUUAAGAUUUUUCAUUUUCUCUCAUUCUAGCUUUUAUGUUUGAAGGAGAUCUACAGCAUUUGGACAUGAAUGCUUUGGUUUUUCAGUGUCUUCAGCUCUACUAAGGUUUCAGUUAACAUACUUGGUGGGUUUACUAUCCUUUUGAUACAAUAAUAACUGCAUAGUAUAUUUAGUGUAUACUCUUGAGAAUUGAUGUUAAAUGACUAGAAUGUCAGUGACUGACUCCUACUUUCCUUGCAAGCAGAGCUCACGCAUGCUUCCUGUUCACUUUUCCCAGCCGUUAGCAUACUUGACAAUGAACUGUUUGGUUAUUUGCAAUUUGUUCUGUAUUCUACCUAUGUGAGAAGAAUGGGACUUGUGCAUGUAUAAUAAAAGCAUUGACAUGUGGACAAGAUUUUCUAUUCUAAUUUUUUUUGUUGUGUUUUGUUUGUUGUGUUUAUGAAACAGAUCUGCUUCAUAAGCUGUAAUCGAAGAUUUCACAGCAUUUAAAUAGCAGGCUAACAAAUUAACUGUGAAACUCCUCCUUUUUGCAUAAAGUUAAAGAAACUCUUCUUGGAUGCCCUGCUUUUGCAAGACAACUUGUCAGAACUGGAGUUGAAGGAAUAGUGUCUAUCUUAAAUGCCUUUCUUAUGCUUUUUUUGCAUAAUUAGAAAGGGUCAGCAUUGACAAUUGAAACAAUUUGUUUUUCUUUAAGAAAACAUGGUUAGAUCUUUACUGUGUUUUUCAGGCCUUUGAGGGGGAAAACUAAGGCUUUUUGAGCACUUGCACUGGGUUGUUUAGAUUUUUAUUCAUGCACUCACAUAAAAUGGUACUUCAGAUACAUUUAAUCUGUUCUUUAUAAGAUCCCGAAGUAGAUUUACUUUUUAAUGUCAACUGCUAGUUCACUUGCUUUGAAGUGCUAUUAAUGAUACCUGAGCUGUAUAUCAUCAGUAGUGUGACCUUUCUGUAGCCCCAGCCCUGGAUCAUUAAAGCUGCAAGGAGCUUUGCUGUUAACUCCAGUGAGGAUCAGAUGACCCAUGCUACAUCAUACACUUCUUUGUAACAAGGCAGUAUAAGAUCAGAAUACAUUCAGUUCAUUUUUUGUAAAUUCUAUAGGUCAACUUCUUAGCUUGUUUCCACCUCCCACAAUCUUUAAAGCCUUCAUGACUUGUGCUGAUCUGGUUUUGUAAUGUAAUUAUUAAAAGCUUUUGAUAUUUAUAAGAGAUCUGAAACAUUUCUACUGAUUAAUUGUUGAUUCCCCAAGUGAUUCAGUUCUGUCAAUUUGUAAUAAAUAUUUCAAAUUUCCAUGGAAUAAAGAAGUGUUUUUCUUUUUC